UUCAGCUGUCACAUCCGUUUGCACGUGUGUUUCGCCGAAUUCCGUGAGCGCGAGUAGAACAAUUGCUUUUCUGGAUUUUUCCAUCUAAUAAACUGUGUUAAAUUACAAAGAUUGUGCUAUGGGAAAGAAAAACAAGCAGAAAAUAUCUCCAGUAAUCAAUGGAAAUGCGAAAAACGGGCAUGCCUCCGUAGAAGACUUGGAGGAAAAUUACGAGGCGGAGGAAGCAACGCCGAAAGGUAAACAAAAGCUGAAGAAAAAGAAUAAAAUCCCACAACAGGAGGAGGAGGAGGAUGAACAGGACGUGGCAGUUGGCCGAGGUGUGAAGAGGCCUAAAGAUGAUUCUGACGAUGAGGAGGAGGAAGAGCAGAAUGGCGAUGAAGCCGAUACCAACGGGGAAGAUAAGGAAGCCGAACAGGAAGAAACCGUUCCGUCGAUGACGAACAGUGCGUACGAGAUCAUACUCGGCAACCGUGAGUUCAAGUCGCUCGAGGGCAAAGUGUCGGACCACACGAUGAAAGCGAUCGGUGAGAUGGGAUUCACCAAGAUGACGGAAAUUCAGGCCAAAUCGAUACCGCCACUGCUGGAGGGUAGAGAUUUGAUCGGUUCGGCCAAAACGGGCAGUGGUAAAACGUUGGCCUUCCUCAUUCCCGCCGUCGAGCUGAUCCACAAGCUGCGCUUCAAGCCGCGCAACGGAGCGGGCGUCAUCGUCAUCUCGCCGACCCGCGAACUGGCGAUGCAGAUUUUCGGCGUCCUGAAAGAGCUAAUGACGUACCACUGUCAGACGUAUGGACUGCUGAUGGGAGGAGCAAGCCGUCACACCGAGAACGAAAAGCUGGAAAAGGGCAUCAACAUCAUCGUGGCGACGCCGGGCCGGUUGCUGGACCAUCUGAAAUCAACGCCCAACUUCCUGUUCAAGAACUUGCAGUGCUUGAUUAUCGAUGAGUGCGAUCGCAUCCUGGAGAUCGGGUUCGAGGAGGACCUAAAACAGAUCAUUAGCAUUUUGCCGAAAAAGCGCCAAACCAUGCUGUUUUCCGCCACACAGUCAUCGCGCCUGGAUGAGCUGGGAAAGCUCGCCCUGAAAUCGGAACCCAUCUACGUCGGUGUGGAUGAUAACAAGAAGGAAGCAACGGUGACGGGGCUGGAACAGGGCUACAUCGUGUGUCCCUCCGAGCGUCGUCUGCUCGUGCUGUUCACCUUCCUGAAGAAGAACCGCAAGAAGAAGGUGAUGGUUUUCUUUUCCUCCUGCCUGUCCGUCAAGUUCCAUCACGAGCUGUUCAACUACAUCGAUCUGCCGGUGAUGUCGAUUCACGGCAAACAAAAGCAAUCGAAGCGUACGUCGGUAUUUUUCCAGUUCUGUAACGCCGAGACGGGUAUUCUGCUCUGCACGGAUGUGGCCGCCCGUGGGCUCGAUAUUCCUGCCGUCGAUUGGAUCGUGCAGUACGAUCCACCGAACGAUACCAAGGAGUACAUCCAUCGCGUCGGUCGUACGGCUCGUGGGGAGGACCUGUGCGGUCAUGCGCUGCUAAUGCUCCGCCCGGAAGAGGUUGGCUUCUUGAAGUAUCUCAAGCAAGCGAAGGUACCGCUGAACGAGUUCGAGUUCUCCUGGAGCAAAAUAGCGGACAUUCAGCUGCAGCUCGAGAAUUUGAUGGCGAAGAACUAUUUCCUGAACCAGUCGGGCAAGCUGGCGUUCAAGACGUACGUGCGUGCGUACGAAGGGCACCACAUGAAGGACGUGUUCAACAUUGCCAAUCUCGAUCUGGUGCAGGUAGCGAAGAACUUUGGUUUCACCCAGCCACCGUACGUUGACUUUGGCAAGAGCUUCAAGCUGCACAAUUCCGAGCGGCGGCCCGGCAACCGUGGAAUGGGACACUUCAAGACGCUCAACAAGGAGAAGGAGGGCAAGCUGAAAAUUAAGCACAUUACCGAUCGGAAACAGCUGAAGAAGGUCAAGUACGAGUAAGCUGCUCUGUACGCGAUGUGAGAUAGCGUUAAAUAAUAAACCCAUUUUAUUUAGCCGUUCCGCACUAUCCCGGAACGAUGUCCUCUACAA